AUCAUGUUUCUCUAUAUUCAUCUUGCUGGCCUUUAUGGAUUCUAUGUAUUCUUCUUCCAAGCUAAAUAUUGGUCUUUAAUAUGGUUUUGGACUCUUGGUAUUGCCGCAAAUCUAGGCCUCAGCGCUGGCGCUCAUAGAUUAUGGUCUCAUCGAUCUUACAAGGCAAAGUGGCCCAUGAGACUCAUGCUCAUGAUUUUUCAGACCAUUGCUUUUCAA